GCAGCUCGGCAUGGGCGCGGGGACGCUCGCCCUGGGCGCCUCCGAGCCCCGCAACCUGUCCGCCUCGGCCGUGCCGCUCCCCGACGGCGCGGCCACUGCCGCGCGGCUGCUGGUGCCCGCGUCGCCGACCGCCUCGCCCCUGACCCCGGCCCCCGAGGGCUCCGCGCCGCUCUCGCAGCAGUGGACGGCCGGCAUGGGGCUGCUGAUGGCGCUCAUCGUGCUGCUCAUCGUGGCGGGCAACGUGCUGGUGAUCGUGGCCAUCGCCAAGACGCCGCGGCUGCAGACGCUCACCAACCUCUUCAUCAUGUCCCUGGCCAGCGCCGACCUGGUCAUGGGGCUGCUGGUGGUGCCGUUCGGGGCCACCAUCGUGGUGUGGGGCCGCUGGGAGUACGGCUCCUUCUUCUGCGAGCUCUGGACCUCGCUGGACGUCCUGUGCGUGACGGCCAGCAUCGAAACGCUGUGUGUCAUCGCCCUGGACCGCUACCUCGCCAUCACGUCGCCCUUCCGCUACCAGAGCCUGCUGACCCGCGCCCGGGCGCGCGGCCUCGUGUGCACCGUGUGGGCCAUUUCGGCGCUGGUGUCCUUCCUGCCCAUCCUCAUGCACUGGUGGCGCGACGAGGGCGAGGACGCGAGCCGCUGCUACAAAGACCCCAAGUGCUGCGACUUCGUCACCAACCGCGCCUACGCCAUCGCCUCGUCCGUCGUCUCCUUCUACCUGCCCCUCUGCAUCAUGGCCUUCGUGUACCUGCGCGUGUUCCGCGAGGCGCAGAAGCAGGUGAAGAAGAUCGACAGCUGCGAGCGCCGCUUCCUAGGCGGGCCGGCGCGCCCGCCCUCGCCCCUCGCGCCCGCGCCGGGCUCCCCGCGCCCCGCCGCGCCCCUCGCCAACGGGCGCACCAGCAAGCGGCGGCCGUCGCGCCUCGUGGCCCUGCGCGAGCAGAAGGCGCUCAAGACGCUGGGCAUCAUCAUGGGCGUGUUCACGCUCUGCUGGCUGCCCUUCUUCCUGGCCAACGUGGUCAAGGCCUUCCACCGCGACCUGGUGCCCGACCGCCUCUUCGUCUUCUUCAACUGGCUGGGCUACGCCAACUCGGCCUUCAACCCCAUCAUCUACUGCCGCAGCCCCGAUUUCCGCAAGGCGUUCCAGCGCCUGCUGUGCUCGGUGCGCCGGGCCGCGCGACGCCGCAGCCGCCGGGCCUCGGGCGAGCGAUCGCGCGCCUCGGGCUGCCUGGCGGUGACCGGCCCGCCGCCGUCGCCCGGGGCCGCCUCGGAGGACGACGACGACGACGACGACGCCGUCGAGGCCGCGCCGCCGGCGCGCCUGCUGGAGCCCUGGGCCGGCUGCAACGGCGGGGCGGCGGCCGCUGCGGACAGCGACUCGAGCCUGGACGAGCCGAGCCGGCCCCGCGACGCCUCGGAGUCCAAGCUCUAGUGCAGUGCGCCGCGCGUUCGGGGGAAGAAAGCAGCCGAGGCGCGA